UCAUGCUGCGGGAACGUGGACGCGCUGUGAUAAAAAAUAUCAAAAUUUUCAACAAUGGCACUUGAUGGCGCUAUUUGACCAGACAGAAAUAUGACAGAACGGUAAGAGUCGAGAUGUCAUCGUGUUUUUUUCCACGUGUUUGACAAGAUUGUGUGGCACAGUCGUAUUUGAAGUGACUCCGGGAUGUGCCGUGUAUAUUACAAUCGAUAAGAUACGCGAGCUUUCGGCUAUCAUACGCCGCUAGCUUGUUGCCGCGGAUGUAAACAUAACCUAACCUAACUCUAACCUAGAGACGCAAUUGCAUCUUUCCCACCGCUGGCACCGCUCUUUUUCCUUGGUUCCUUCAACUUUCGUUUGAAAGCAUGUGAUUCCAAGGAUAAGGAAGAGUUUUCAUUUAUAAGAUGUUGAUGGUUUGUAAUAGAUAUUAGGAUAUAUGAUACUUUAUGAGUGUCUUUUGAUCGGCCCAUUAAGAUGGAAGACGAAGAGUGCUUUCAACCAGUCUUGAGCUCUCAGGAGGAAGAUAAUUUUCAGCAAUUAAACACUGUGUCGGUCGUGUCGAUUCCACUUUCACUUGGAGUGUGUCUGGAGAUCACUGGGAUUGUAUUUGUGUCUAUUUGGCCAAAGGAACAGAACAAAUGUGAAACGUAUUUUAUAUACUUAUACCUUCACUGUGCCUAUUGGCUAAUAGUCAUGGCGAUAGAUCACGUUGUCAAAGCAAGACACCAUAGUUUGCGUAUUAAUGGAUAUCUAGAUUUCUAUCAAUCAACAUAUCAACUUAUAAGGACACCCCUUUUCAUCGCAUCGUUGUGGAAUACAUGCUACUUGUUGCUAGCUGUGAUUCUACAUCACACACAUAAAGUUGACUACGAGCGGUAUUGCGGGAAGUCAGAGUGGUUCACACCGCUUAACUAUAUUUUUCUCCUAACCACUUUGGAACUCAUGAUAAUUUUAUCGGCUUACAUUAAUUAUAUCAAGAGAGUUAUGAAGUUUAAUCGAUUACGUCCACCAUCCGAUGUCACUCGCGACGAAUGGCUGUCGCCCUUUACGCAGGAUUCCUACUCCGGAAUGGGGGAAAUCGGGUAUCGGCAAAGGGGGAGGAAUUUAGAGGAACUGCUGGAAAAGCAGGCAGACUUGAUAAGAUAUUUGAAGGAUCACAAUGUAAAGCUAAGUCAUAGAAUAAUGUUAUUAGCGUCUCACAGAGCAACAGAGACAUAAAGCAAAACUGAUUACAUAUCUCUUUUAUAAAAAAUUGAUGCUUAUUAUCAUUUAAUAAGUGAUGUUAUAUCGGAGAUCAGAAUUAUAAUUUUUCAAAUGUGAUAUAUAUGACGUUUUUUAAUGAACUCGAUUGAUUCGAUCACAGAUGUCUAUACUAG